UUAAACUACAGACAGGUUGCAAUUUACACGCCAGUCCGCUAGGGCGGCGUUGUGUGUUUAAACAGCUCAGCGUGCCGAACAGGAAGUUCACCUUCGUACAUUACUUGCAGGGUGUUCGCUCGCUAGCUGAUUCUGUGAAGGUCGUGAGUCAAACUUGUGAUCCAACAUGUCUUUAGCUAAGCCAAUGAUGAGGGGGCUACUGGCAAAGCGCCUGAGGUUCCAUCUGCCUGUUGCUUUCGGUCUGUCCUUCUUGUUGGCGGCAAUCUACAAGUACACAGUGGGGGAGCCCAGGAAGCAAGCGUAUGCAGACUUCUACAAGCAUUACGACUCCGUCAAGGAGUUCAACACCAUGAGGGAAGCGGGAGUCUUCGAGAGUGUGCGUCCUUCUGGAGAGUAAAGAUGAUUCUUCCUGCCACUCAUUCCCGCUGUGAAGUUAUUUCUCUCCCAUUUUUGGAUGUCAAUUGCUAAUAAAUAAAUAAAUGUAUCUAUUAAACCAAAA